AUGUGGUACCAUGCGUUCCUGUGUUUUGUGUGUCUGGGCUCCCCUUUUGUCGCAGGUUCACGUCAAGGACGCGAGCUGGAGGAGACCGGGCAGUGUGCACCUAUACCUCCCUUGGUGGACCCCUGUCAAGCCUCGGAGUGCGAAGCACAAGAAACGGUGCAUUUUGCAGGUGUGCAGCCUGCCACGCGGGUCAAGCCUUUGCUCGCAAUUCAGCAUGGCCCUUGUGGAAAGCAUGGCCAGAGGAAAGGCAUCGUGGUGCUGCGGAGAAAAUGCCACGCGAGCAGGUACAUUCUAGAUUUGCCGGUGCCCAUAGUUUUGGAUACUCGGCCAUGGCGUUGCCUUGCAUGCGGGCUCUACUUUCCUGUCAAGGUCAAUGAUAUACAGAAUCGUUUUCCGGGCACUUUGGUUGCUAAGUGCGCGAAGCAAGCCCAUGUUUUCUUCACGAAGAGAUUCCUGCAACUUAUCAUUGGCAAAUUCGGGGAGACCUUCAACGCCGCCGCGGUCAAACGGUUCAUAUUAGACCUCUACCUGGCCAAUACCAUCUACAUCAAUCACGCGGAGAGGGCUCUAUGGGCCAUCGAUUCCAUUCCACGCCUGUCCUCCUUGCGCUUCACGCUGCGGGAAGCCUUGCUAUCUUACUUGCCUGGACUAAUCCGACAUAUUGAAGAACAUGUCCAUGUGUACAGUGGCUCAGCAAUACGGGGAGAUGGUCACUACAAAGUGGCUGCACGUAUUCGCGUCGCUGACGGAACACCUCCCAGUGUCAUAUAUGCGUGGUGUGGUGUUGAUGGGGCUCUGCUCCGCCCGCCUGCUGCCCUGGCAAGCGAGACAUGGCCUGUCUUGAAGGAGGACCUGGCCAAAUUGAUCCCUGAUUUGGCGCGCAACAGGAAGCGGGCUGGCCUGCCGGGACAGGCGGUAUACCCAGCUUUCCACGCGACAGACACCUAUGGAAAACAUCGACUCAAAUUGCAGUCCUUCUACACCAGCUUGGCAGAGCCGCAGCUGUCGGUGUCCGCCAAGACACCCCAGGCAGAGGCGCAGUCAGCAGAGCCAGCAGAGAAGUACUGCCCUACCUUGAUCACAGGUGAUCCUGCACACGAUUGCUUCGCCUUGCGACGUUUGGUGAGUACAAAAUCAACUGAUGCCCAUGCUUUCCUGAGCGCUCACCGAGACUUGAUGGAGAGGUUGAGUUUGCCAAGUCCCCCGCAUGCGUCCUAUGCCAGUGACAAAAGCUCCAUGUGCGAAUUGCCGGAGGAAGCCAGGUCAGCAUUGCAGCUCCUCAUUUCAGAUGGUGCGAAGGGUAAGGAACUGUAUGGCCGACAGCCUCCCCGAUGUGUCGUCUCUACCCUGCUGCGGGUCCUCGGCAAACAGGAUGACCUUCAUCCAACCUUACAGAGAUGGAACUACAGAAGUAAGAAAGAAUUUCGUGUUGAGAGCCGACGCAUUUUGCGAUGGUGGUCUCGCUGUGUGCGCCACAAGGCUACUUUUAGGAAGCGCAUCCUACGAGAUCGGCAGAAGGCAUUUUGGACGCGCAAAGUAUGCGCUGUCAACACCAAAGUUCGGGGUCACUUCAAGCGCAUGAGGAAACCAUUGCGGGUCGAAGGGUUUUUUGCUUGGAAGCAAGCUGCUGAGGCGACCCGGGCAGCCGCCAUCCCAGUCCAGUCUGGGACAAUUCCAGUUGAGAGGUACUGGGCUUGCCUGUUGACCUAUCUCCCCACAUCGUCCCAGUACAUUUCUUACAAGUGGUACUCAGUGUUAGCUGGUUUGGCCUUUGUGAAGUACAAUUACCAUCACUUUGCAGGUAAAGCGCUGUCAGGGAUAGCGGAGAGAGACGUAGACGUGCAGAGCAAAAUUGAGACAGCGACGAUGCUUGCCCGAGUCCUGCACAGUGCUGAGGAGAGCCGGUGCAAGCAUUUGAACGCUCUGUUCGAUCCUUUCCGGGACGAUGAGCAUUGCUGA